UUCUUCAAUAUCAAGUUUUUUUAAUCUUCUUCCUUCGGAUCGAGGCAAUUUUAUCCGUCUCCUCUCUCUCUCUCUCUCUCUCUCUCUCUCUUUCAGUCCAAUCCUAGACGCCAUAGACUCCUUCGUCCUCCCACUGUUUCAUCGUCUUCCGCGGAGACCGGCAACCCGAUAGCUUCACGGUUGGCGAAACCCGUCCCAACCCCAUUAAUGGAACGGGAUUGACGACCGCGAGAAGAAAUCCGGGUGCUUUCCGAAUUGUCGUCGAUCCCAUUUUUUUGAUCAUUUUUGGCUCCGCCCGGCCGUUUCUCCGAUUCGGUCCGGUGUUUCUUUACCAAUCUUUUUUCUCGUCUGGUCCGAGGAAGAGGCCUGGCAGUUUUCGUCCUCGAAUCUCCUGAUAGUAAACUUGGGGAUUGAUUGAUUCUUCCACGGAGCCAAAACGGCGACGAAUAAGGCGAUAGUGGAGAUACGUCGGGGCUCUGAUGCAGAUUGUUUGGUAGGACUGGAGUGCUUGCUGAACAUUUGCAGGGCUGUUUCGUUGGGGAUGGGUUCGUGCCUGUCCGGGGCAGGGGGGAGCUCGGUCCCCUAUGCCCCGGAAUCUUCAUCAGGCAGCACGAAGGCGAAGAGCUCGUCUCGGAAGAGGCAGAUGAGGAGGAAUUUCUCGUUCGAGUCAAACAUGGAGAUGUGGCUGCACCGGAUUCCUGGAAGGAUGUUUUUGAACGGGUCGACCGACGUGGCAUCUCUAUUCACCAAGCAAGGCAAGAAAGGGGUUAACCAGGAUGCUAUGAUUGUUUGGGAGAAUUUCGGCUCCAAGGCAGAUACUACAUUUUGUGGUGUUUUUGAUGGCCAUGGUCCAUUUGGCCAUAUGGUAGCUAAGAAGGUUAGGGAUUCUCUCCCCUUGAAAUUGAGUGCCCAAUGGGAAUUGAAAGUUAGCAGCCCAGAUGGGCGUAGUGAUAUCAGCUGCAGGGCCAUAGGAAGUAUGAACUCAGAACAGACUUCAAUAAAGACUGUCGAGGAUGUGAAGACCUUUCCAAACCAUGAGCAGAGUGAGAGUCAUUCUGAUACUAUUCUCACAUUGAAGGAGUCAUUCUUGAAGGCCUUUAAGGUAAUGGAUAAAGAGCUAAAACUUCACCCACAGAUAGAUUGCUAUUGCAGUGGGACAACUGCAAUAGCCUUGGUCAAACAGGGUCAUGAUCUUCUGAUCGGAAAUGUUGGGGAUUCCAGAGCUGUACUGGGUACCAGAGACAAAAAUAACUCUCUGAUUGCUGUCCAGUUGACUGUAGACCUCAAACCGGAUCUCCCAAGAGAAUUAGAGAGAAUCAGGCUGUGUAGAGGGAGAGUUUUUGCUCUACAAAACGAACCUGAGGUUGCGAGAGUAUGGCUUCCCAACUGUGAAUCUCCUGGCCUUGCCAUGGCUCGAGCAUUUGGAGACUUCUGCCUUAAAGACUUUGGUUUGAUUUCCGUGCCUGAGAUUUCUUAUCGACGCCUCUCUGAUAUGGAUGAAUUUGUAGUGUUGGCCACUGAUGGGAUUUGGGACGUCCUCUCAAACAAGGAAGUUGUAGACAUAGUAGCCUCGGCACCGAGGUCGAUUGCUGCAAGAACCCUAGUUGAGACAGCCGUUCGAACUUGGAGACUUAAGUAUCCAUAUGCCAAGGUCGACGACUGCGCUGUGGUUUGCCUCUUCCUCAAUUCAAAUUCGAGCAGUUGCGCUAGCACCCAACCCGCAUCCAAGGAGCAAAUAGCAUCACCUCAAGAGAACAACUCUUGAAAGUGGUAGGCCCUGUGGUGAGUAGGCCUCAAAAAGUUUUAUGUCAAAGAGACAAGCGGGGGUUUCAACAUCAUCUGAGGCCUGCCCCUCUAAGUGGCUCUUUGGAUAUGGUGUUUCAAGGUCAGCAAUCUGAUGAUCUUGAUUAUUCUUCAUCAGUAAAUAGAAUUCUUCAAUAUCUUACUUGAUUCUUUCACCAGUUGUAUUCAUACAUGAAGAAAGUGAGGAUGGAGGACUUUUUCUUCUCUUUUUUUUUUUUUGUUUCAUAAUUUGGGGUGGGGGGUUUUUGUGAAUUAUUGGUUUUGGGAGGUGGCACUGGCCUUUGUUUUUGUCCUGGGUCGGCUGGCUUCUUGUUCCCGUUUGGCCUUCAUUUGGUUUCUCCUGUAAUUUUUCGUUUGAAGAAGUUAUUGGGAAGUGGAACUAUUGAAAGUGAUAUCUUUUGUUUCGGA